AUGCUGCGCCGGUCCCUCGGCCGCGUGCUCAGCAACGGCGCGCCGCCGGGGUCGCGGCCGCCGCUGCCGCCCUUCACGCUCGAGAGCGCCGUGCAGAAGGUGCGGGCCGCCGAGGACGCCUGGAACAACCGGGACCCGACGAAGGUCCCGCUCGCCUACACCGAGGACACGCAGUGGCGCAACCGGAGCGAGAUCUUCACCGGCCGCGCGGCCGUGGAGCAGUUCCUCGAGCGCAAGUGGGCGCGCGAGCUCGACUACCGCCUCAUCAAGGAGUACUGGGCCCACGGCGAGAACCGCAUCGCCGUGCGCUUCGCCUACGAGUACCACCUCGCGGGCGGCGAGUGGAUGCGGGCCUACGGCAACGAGAACUGGGAGUUCGACGACCGCGGCCUCAUGCGGACGCGCCACGCGUCCAUCAACGACAUCCCCAUCAAGGAGGAGGACCGCCUCUUCCACUGGCCCGCUGGCCGCCGGCCCGACGACCACGCGUCGCUCAGCGAGCUGGGACUCUAG